AAUCAUUCAGUGUUCAAUCACCAAUUGUGUAAUAUCAUUUACUUAAUCCUUUCUUUAUUUUCCGAAGAAAUGUCAUUCAAAUUCAUUGUUUUCUGCGCUCUUGUGGCUGUGGCCAAGGCUGGAGUUAUUGCUCAACAACCCAUCGCCUACACUCAACCAAUUGCUUAUGCACAACCAGCUUUAGCUGUGCAAAAGACUCUCGUACAUGCUCAACCAGCUUAUGUUGCAAAGAACGUUGAAGAAUAUGAUGCAAAUCCUCAAUACACUUUCUCAUACGACAUUCAUGAUGGACUCACUGGUGACGCUAAAUCACAAACUGAAUCACGAGAUGGUGAUGUUGUCAAAGGACAAUAUUCUUUGGUCGAAGCUGAUGGAACUCGUCGUAUUGUUGACUACACUGCUGACCCUGUCAAUGGAUUCAACGCUGUUGUACACAAAGAAGGUGUCGCACAUACAGCUGCUGUUGUUGCUAAAAUCGCUCAACCUGCCAUCGUUGCCAAAGCUCUCAUCCCAGCCGUUCAAAAGACAAUCUAUGCUCAACCAGCAGUCGCUUACCACCAGGCUCAACCAGCUUAUGUCAAACACUAUUAAAUUUCAUAGAUUUACAUAAAUAUAUCUACCUGAACCUCAUCUCAUCUUAGUUUUGAUCUUAUUAAAGUGAUAAAAAUUCUCUUUUAAAUUCCCAUUGAAUCAUUCCAGUUGAUUUAAAAUUAUUAAAAUUCACAUUAUCAUGUAGUUGAGGUAGAACAAGACAAGACAAGACAUAAAAAAAGAAAUAAAAUUGAAAAGUUAUUUAAGUGAAAA